CUGGGAGGCGGAGGGUAAAUAACAACGUAGCACUCUGCGUGUGUUUUGGCCCCGCCUGUAGCCGACAGAAAGGCUGCCAAACGCCGCUUGAUUCCCCAAACUAUUUGAAACAUAACUUCGGAUAAGGGCACACUAGACACGAGAUACAAACAACAGACGAAUGGAAUGAUUUUAUUGACGUCGGACAUGUUUUAUUUCGACUAAGAUUGGGCGUGCGGUGCCGUUUCUUUGCCAACGCUGUGCGAAUUCGGCGUAGAUGUAGUGGAGUUUGACGCAAAAAAGUAGAUAUAUAUUUUGUUUCCUAUGCGAACAUGAGCUUUCCGGGGCGCUUUAAUCUGGAAUGGACACCCAGCUUCGAAAUUCAUCGCCAUGCAGCCCAAGGUAUUCGUGGGAUGCUGCAAAAACCCAAGAAGCCCUAUACAAGCACCCCAACCAUCCUCCACAAUCUGUAAUAUUGAACACAAGUUUGAGUUUGUUUGAUAUGUACUGAGACUGACUUGUUGGCUCUAUCAUGGUGUUUUAGAGAUUAAUUUAAGGCCGUCAGGGUACACUGAUUCCUUGUGCCUGCAUGGACAUUUGAUAGCAUCAACAUUAUUGUUGGUGAGGAAUUCUCCCACAGGCCUAGGAUGCCAGAAUGCCCAUAUCCCAGGACAAUGCCCUCAGUAUCCUUUCACUUCUCAACGAGUGGCUUGGAGCUCAUGCCGAAAGAUCACACCUUAAGGAAAAUUUGAAUCUGGAAACUUGUGCCAGCAAGGCCUGUAACCAGAAUGGGGAUACAGAUAAAGUGUACAGUUGCAGUAAUAUCAAUAGUCUUCAUGUGGAGAACUUGCCCCUGUGUUUGUCUGCUAUCCAGAAGCUAGUAGAAUACAUCAAGUUCAACUUCGUGGAGGAUCACUCCGCUUCAUCAGCCGACCUGUCAUCCUACAACGGAGUAUCAGAUGUUGAGGUUCAUGCUAUUUCUAUCAGGAAAAAUGAAGAGGAUCCAUCAGAUUUUGGUCUUAGCUUUGGAAACAUCCCAAUUUUUGGGGAUCCUGAUGGAAAAAAAAAGGGAGGACCAAGGAGGAGAAGAGAUCAUAGCCCCAUCAUGCGCGUGGGCUGCAUCUGGGUGACUGAAGUGAGAAAAGGGAGCCCAGCCGCCUGGUCUGGCAGAAUCAGACUGAGAGAUGAACUGCUCUCACUGAAUGGACAGCUGAUGGUGGGAGUAGAUGUUAGUGGAGCCAGUUACCUGGCUGAUCAGUGCUGGAAUGGAGGCUAUGUUUACCUUGUCCUGUUGCGGCGAGUCAAGCGAAAAGCUCCUCUCCCUCCCUCUGGUGUUGAUGGCAGUCAAAGUACUUCAAUCAGUAAUGACUGCUGUGAUGACCAGCCGCAGAGCAUAACUUACGCUGACUACAUUGACGGUCCAGUAACAGGCAAACGUACACGCAAAUUUGGUGUCAUAUCACGGUCACCCUGCAAAAGAGAGAACAAAGGUGAUACUGACGCGGAAUUUCAGAGUUAUUGUAUUGACUUCAGUUCCUCUAGCUUUGUUGAUGAAGAAGUCCGCUCUUCAAAGGAAAAAACAGGACUUAUCAUCUCCACACAUACGCCUACAGAGGAAAGUCACGGAACUGUUCCUCAUUCCAAAGUUACCCACCAUCAUUGCCACAAUGGAGGCACUGCUACACUGCCUUUAAGAAGUCACAGUCAACUAUUGGAAAGCAAAAGGGAUUCUUUCUGCAGUCAACUUUCUAACCAGCUGAGGGAGGGCUGCCACAUCUGGAAAAUCCAUUUGGUGAAAGCUCAAGAGGGUUUGGGCAUACAGAUUACUGGGGGGCGUGGUUCCAAGCGCUCUCAACAUGGUAUUAACAUAGCUCGUAUUGAGGAGGGAGGAACAAUUCACAGGGAUGGCCGUCUUCAAGCUGGUGAUGAGUUGCUGAUGAUAAAUGGUCAGUCGCUAGUGGGUCUUACCCAUCAAGAGGCUGUUUCUAUCCUCCGCUCUGCUACAGGUCUAGUCCAGCUCGUCAUUGCCAGCAGGGGGGAAUCUGAUGUAGGUUUCCAACACCACCCAUCCACCAGUUUGCCAGAUCUGUUGACUAACCUGGAGAAACUAGAGGACACAUGUCAGAGAGAAGCAGUCAGAGGAUCUUGCUGCAGUCCUGCACCCAUAAAGGGCAUAGGAGGUAGCAGUCGCUUGGAGUCAGUUGGUGAAGAUGAUGAGCUCUUUCUGGAAAAUGGUGUGAGCUGCUGUGAUGUCGUGGAGAAGUCCUCAAAGCCAGGCAGACGUAAACACUCCCUACCACAACAGCUAGAUACUGCUGGAGAUAGACAGGAAUAUCAAAUAAUUAAGAAAUCAGCACGUUCGUUGAGCACCAUUCAAGUGGAAUCACCAUGGCGACUUGCACAGCCAUCCAUUAUCUCCAGCAUCGUACUGAUGAAAGGCCAGGGAAAGGGCCUGGGAUUCAGCAUUGUUGGCGGCCAGGAUUCAGCUCGUGGUCAAAUGGGAAUUUUUGUGAAGACCAUUUUCUCUCAUGGUGCUGCUGCAGCUGAUGGACGCCUAAAACAGGGGGAUGAGAUUCUGGAGGUAAACGGAGAGUCUCUCCGAGGACUGACACACCAACAAGCCAUCCAGACUUUCAAGCAACUCAAAAAAGGUGUUGUGACUCUGACAAUACGAACUUGCCUUCGGAGCCCCAGUCUUACGCCCUGUGCGACUCCCAGUAUUCAUAGCCGCUCCAGCUCACCCAACUCCAAUACUAGUGAGGGAACACCUGUUCCCUUUGGGAUUGAUGAGCCUGAUGGCCACAGGGGUCCUGGUCCAAAAGAUUGCAUCAUCAUGGAGGUCACACUCGAUAAAGAGCCUGGAGUUGGCCUGGGGAUUGGAGUUUGUUUUCUUACCCCAGAAAACUCUGUUCCUGGCAUCUAUAUCCAUAGCCUAUCUCUUGGAUCUGUUGCCAAGAUGGAUGGCAGCCUCAGUCGGGGGGAUCAGAUACUGGAGGUUGAUUCAGUCAGUCUUCGUUUUGCUGCCCUCAGUGAAGCCUAUGCCAUCCUCAGUGAAUGUGGCCCUGGACCAGUCAGUCUCAUUAUUAGUCGGCACCCUAAUCCCAAAAUAUCAGAACAGGAGAUGGAUCAUUUGAUAGCUCAAUCUACACAUAAGGGCAAAAUGAACAAGAGUCGACCAUCUCAUUCCCAAGCAGGCUUUUCCUGUAAGAGAGAUGGAUCACCUGCCCUCAGCUGGACAAUGAAAAGAUUUCUUGAGCCCGCCAGUCGGCAGGGAUCUCUCAGCUCAGAGAAAGAGUUGUCCCAAUACUUUUCAGCUGAUAUUUCCAGCCACUCAAUCCUGACGAAAUCAUUGGGCUUAAAUACAGAUGAGGCAGACCAACAAAGCGGCAACAUCUCUAUGGAGGACGUUGCAUCACAGCCUCCAGGAACCCCCACUUCUGCAACUGAAGUGAAAUGUGAUACCAUGUACAGUGCAUCACAAGACAAGACCUAUGUUCUAUCUAAUUAUCCUCAGGAUGCAGUCGGCCUGCCCACUGUUGUGUCCAAUCUCAUCCCAGUGUGGAGCCCACGCCUUCAUCACCAAAGGGUAAUUAAUUAUGAGGAUAAGCUGAGAAAAGAUGAGGACUCAGAAACUGGAGUUGCUGCAUUACCACUGGAUGCAGAUGAAGAUGCUAUCAAUUGGGGGGAAUUACACACAUGUGUAAGCAAUGAUGUGACAACACCACUAUAUAGUAGUUGCAAUGAGUAUAAGGAAGGCUAUACAAAUGGCUAUGAAAUACCUGGAUCAGAGUCACCCUUUAUGCCGAUCCGUUGCCUUUCAAAGCACAAAUCAGUGGAAGAAGAGGAUCAAUUGGUAUCGAAGCCUGAAGAUAAAGCAGCGACACUGGUCACAAGUAUGUUAUGUAUUGAAGGUCCAAACUUCACUGAGCAACAAAACCCCAGUGCUACUGGGUCUCCAUUAAGUGUGAACCCAUUCCAGUUCAAUGGUACGCUGUGUGGAAAAAAAUCCAUGAUUGCAAGUGGAUGGAUAAACAAUCAAUACUGUAUGAAGGGAGGUCCAAGUGAGAUUCGGGGUGUUUGUCCUAUUGAGACGGUAACUCUGACAAGAAAUAAGGAUGAAUCCUUUGGGCUGGACCUGGAGAUCAUAUCAUCACCUCUGAAAGUUGUCAUCAAUGGGUUAAAGCCUGGAGGUGCGGCAGAAAGGGAAUCAAAAGGAGUCUUGUGUCCGGGUGAUGAGAUUGUAACCAUUGCUGAAAAACUGGUGAGCUCCUGUAGCUACCAGGAAUUAUGUGAUCUCAUGCAUAACCUUCCCACGACAUUGUCUUUGGAAGUUAAGAAACCUGUCACAGCCGUAGAUGGGCUUUCCGCAUUGACAGUGUUCUCUGGGAGCAGUGAUGGAGCCACAAGACUCAUCCCAGACAUAUCGGAAGUAUUAAGUGCCAAGAUAGUUCAAUCUAACCACAAACCCCAAAUGAACAAUGACUGUCAAACUCCAAUCACCAGCAUUGAUGAUAUUAUAUCAGAAAUUAGCCCCGUUAGUGACCCUGUGUAUUCCCCGUGCAGCACCUCUCCUCUACAAAAUAUAUCUGAGAAAGAUGAUAUUCAUGUUCCCAUUCUGUCAAGUUCACACGACUCUUCUGCAAUGCAUACAGGAAAUGAAAAUGGGUGUCCCGAAUAUGUGAACCCACUUCUUGAAAACAACUCUACUACUGCAAGUGGAUUAUGCCCAGAAAUAGAUGAUGCUGGUAUACAUAAAGAGAACCAUCCCAAAGGACUUCACAACAGUGAUUCCAGUGGUGACUUCACACAUGACAACGAUGUCAAGCUCAGUAAACUAGCCAGUGGCAGUUACCAUCUUCAUGGGUCAUCCUCAAAUGGGAAGGAAGUGGAACUUAGUUCCUGUGACAAUCAAGUACCCAUUGAUGAUAGACAUAUAUAUCUCAACACGCCAUCAACUAGAUCUUUGCUUUCACACCAUGGCGGUGAAAACAAAAUCCUGGAUAAGAAUAUUGAUAUGUUUCUCAGCUCCUCGGAUAUGAUAAACAAAGAAUGCUUGGCACUUUCCCAGUCGAUACGAGUCUUAGCCACAGAGAAACCAUGCUCACCUUCAAAUGCAGCGUCUGCAUCACUUAUGGAGCAUCACAUUAAUAAUGCCAUUGAGUCUGACUCUGACAAAGCUUCUGAGGCAUAUAAUAGAAGCCUUUGUAUUCAUGGUAGCCUUUCCCCACUUGAUUACUGUACCAAUUACAGUAGCAAUACAAUGUUGUUUUGUGGUGCCUUGCUCAACUCAGAUGUACUGAAGCAGAGGUAUUUGAAUGUACAGACAUCUGAAUUUACAUCAGUAACAAACACAAACAGUUCUACCACUGACAGAUCAGCUACAGCGUUGUCAAACACUAUGACGAACGAAGAAAAAAACUAUGAGUGUAGACCAAAUUUAAUCCCAAAUGUUAGCCCCAAUACUACGCAUCAUGUUCUAACAUUCCCUGAUCAAUGUCAAGUUGAAACUCCGAUCAGACCAGACAAUAGCCUUAAACUGAAGCGUCUAAGAAUAAAGACUUGUAACACCAGAGAAGAGCCAUUGCAAAAUCCUACCAAAAGUGAAAGUAAAUUUCUUUCAUCAAGCAAUAAUAAUAAUUCCUUCUUCAACCAGCCUACAAACCUACUGCCAGAGAAAAUAUUGUCGCCGAUUUUUAAGGCCAAAAACCCACUUAGUAAGAACAGUGUUGCUUUAGCUAAAGCUAGUGUAAGAAAGACAGUGCAUGAUACAUCAGAUGAAACAUUUGGAACUGUAACUUCAAACAAAAAAGAUAUCAAUUUAGAUGUCAAAGCCAUAUCAAACACCAAGACAUUGUCACACACACCUGUCACGCAAAGAACAUUUAUUGAAGUUCAGUUGUCUUCUUUAUCUGGUAUGCCACCUGUUAGGGCAACAAAGCUCAUAGUAGAUUUAAAUAACGCUACAGCAACUCAAAUAGGCACCGAUGCAAGCUCAACAACUGUGCUCCCAAAUUCCAAUUCCAUAUUAGAUAUGACAAAUGUCACUGUUGAUAAAAUAGUAUCCAAUGCAAUGCCUCUUACUAAGGAAACUAAUCUAGGCUCAAGUAAUGACUUGAACCCCAACAUGGAGACAAGUGAUACCCCGAAGUCUAGGACAUCCAAACUGUACAAGAAGACAAUGCUGAGGCGAAGUUUUGUCGCAGAGACUCCCUUUUCGGUGGACUACAAUCCCUUCUCUGUCCAACACAAGAUAAAGUCCUUUGAAAAUCUUGCUCACUUUGACAAGCAUGUGGCUAAAUGUAGUGACAUUCAGUCUUAUGGUUUGGCAUACAGGGCGUCGCUCAACGAAAGGAUUGCAGGCUAUAUGGGCAUAAUAAAAUGUUCUGAUGACCGGGCACAACAACACCAUUGUAGCUCCUAUGAAGGCAAUUUAUUCUCAACCAGACCCUGCUCAUCACUGAUAUCACAGUCAAGCAUUACUUUGAAAAACCUUGAUCCUCCAUGUGCUAGCGCCAGUGCAGGUUGCUUGACUAAGAACAGUCUUGUCUCUGAAGUUUUGAAAGUUCCAGAUGUUACACCUGAGACUCCGCCAGUGGUGCGUAGGAAAAAUGCCAGACUUUUCAGCAACCGUUUGCAGCAAUCCAGGACUCUAAGUCUGCCUGAAUUGGGAAAACAGUUUACAGCUGACUUGUUGACCAGAAUAGAUGGUUUAGCUGAUAAAUCUGAGAGCACCAUCCUAUCCACUGCCACACAGACUGUGUGCUCUUCACCUUCUGCACUCCAUACAAAAGUAGAGAUGACAAAAGGAAACACUGGAUCCACUCAAGAAACAUCUGAAAAAAAAUUUGAGAUCCUGAAAAAAUCUGAACAGUCUGGACCAUCUUGGACCAGCAGAUUAAAAGAUCUAACUGCUUCUCCUGUGAGUCAGUCUAAAUUACAAGUGCUUCAGACGACUACGAUGAACAAGCUACUCCAGGAAACGAACAAUUUCAUAGAGGUUCAUCGGGUCUUCAGCAAAGGUGCAGCCAGCCUGGAGGGCACAAUUCUGCGAGAUCCAAAUACUGUUUUGAAAAUUGAGCUUCACAAGACAACUGCUGGCCUGGGUUUCAGCCUGGAUGGGGGAAAAUCCUCAAGUACUGGAGACCAGCCCCUUACUGUAAAACACAUUUUUAAAGGAGGUGCUGCUGAGCUGUCUGGGCUACUGGAAGUUGGUGAUGAGGUCUUAUCAAUAAAUGGAUUCUCUUUGGAAGGUCUCGUGCAUCAUGAUGCCUGGAAAAUCAUUAAAGCAACUAACGAAGGACCAAAUCACCUUGUCAUCCGCAGGCUUUGUGCUCAGCUGUAAUUCUUUAAUUAGUGGUAAUACUAAACUACUCCCAAGAAAGAAAUCAAAGUGCUACAAAACAAAGUAGUAGAGAUAAUGUUGUGUUCUCAGUCUUACAUGUUGUUUUACAAAUGUGAUUUGUUGUGUGAUUCUACUAUAUAUUGUUACCUGACGUUUGUAAUCUACCCUGUGAGAUGUGUCUCAAGGUUUGUUUACAAUAUAUUUAAUAUUGAUCAUAAAUGUCAUUUGCAAAUAAAGUGAUGAUUUAAAACGUC